UGGGCCCCCUACUGGUUCUGGUGUUUACUGCAUGAGAAAAGCCUGUUGGAAAGUGUCAGGGAGUUGCUCUGAUCACUGUUUAAUCAUCGCCAAAGAAUUCCAUGAAAGGAAAUCAUCUAGACUACACCUCAACCAGCAUUCCUUAAGGGGGCAGGACAAUAAGAACGCAGCUGCAUCUGAUUGGGUGGAGUGUGCCCUCGUGGGCCUGUGAUGUCAUAGGGAGCACAACCUCAUUCACAACCACGCCGGUUCCCACUGAGCAGAAACAGAUUGCAUCUCCUGCCUGCCUUUCACUCUCCGAGGUGAAGGAUCAGUUGUUGUUUUAAUACCUAUUCCAGAUCAAACUGACUUUGCUGCAGCACACAGCUAGAAGAAGCAGAUACCACCCAAUCUGCAGUGCAAAAAUGGCUUGCACAAGAGUUCUUCACACUUUUAGUCACCCUCAGCCCUCCUUAAGCAUGACAGACCUGAGUUGGAGCCUGAAUCAGCGGCAACCUUCCAUUCAACUCCUACCCACGUCACCUCAGUUGAAACCCAAGCAGAGGACUUUUGUGUCAGCUGGAUCUCCACAGAAGGGCGUCUAUCACACCCUGCGUUGCUCAUCUUCCCCGUGUUCGACCUUGCAACAUUUUCCCCCACGGCUGAGAAGCUGUUUGCGCAGGAACAUGGGCGGUGUGGGCAGGAAGCGUGUCGUGUUUGCAGACGAAGUGGGAUUGCCCCUCACCUCCGUGCUUUACUUCACCCCCGAGCCGUCCUCCCCCGCUUCCAGCCUGGUGACCGGACUGUCCGCGGCCCAAGCUGAGAGCCAGCAGCCUCCUUCAAACAGACCUCACCGUCACAAGUUCGUGUUGGGCUUUCCACAGCCCACCCAGGACUUUAACACCUUCUUCAUGCGCUUGUCAGAAAGAAAAGUCCAGCUGGAGAGCUGCAGCAUCUCAGAGAACACCCUAAGUGGAAAAGUGUGCGUCUUCCACCUCAGCUCCAAACAGGCGGUGCACAUAAGUCUGACCUGUGACUCAUGGAGGAGCUACCAAGAUUUCCCGUGCACCUUUCUGCAGCAUAACCGCUGCAACGGCAUCGACAUUGACAUUUUCUCUUUCGACAUAAACUUGCCCCAGAACAUUGAUCCAAAAGAGCGGAUUGAGUUUGGCAUCUCAUUUCGGGCCGGACUUGCCUCUACACCCGUCUGGGAUGACAACAGAGGCCAGAAUUACAAGAUUAACAUCGAAGCCGACGACUUGAGUGCCGGCCAGGGCAAGGCUAACGGUUACCACCCCACCCUGCCGAGGCCUCGGUCACCUGCUCGGCUGCAGGAGGCCCCUGGGAUCGGAGACUACGCCAAUAUGCAAUAUCUUCAGAAGUUCUUGUCCGGUAGAUACAGAGCUGAAAGGACAGUGUUCAGCUAAACAAUCCGUUGAACUGUGCCUGUUUGUUUUGAAUGUAACAAUAUUCUUAUUUAUUUAUUUAUUUGUAAAAUACAAACUUGUUGUAGGAUGGUACCAACCUUUACUAAUUUGCACAUUACUUGCUUUGUAACCCUUUGUAAAUGUGAAUACAUAGUUUUGUUCAAAUUAUUGUAAUAAAACAGUUGUACUUUUA